AUGGGCCGUGGUUACAUAGUAGACGAUAGUGUGGAAAUGUAUCUCUCCAAACUAUGUGAACAGCAAUCGGAUAUUGUCACAGGCCUUGUCAUUGGACAGAACUCACCUCAGAGGGAUUUCGUAGUCAUGGCAUGUCGAACACCUUCAAGAGAUGAGCCACUUGUUGGUGUAGGAAAGGGUCUGGACAAGGAAUGGAUCAGUGAGCACGCCCGACAGGUUUCCAGAAUGUUACCUGGGGGCUUAUCUGUUUUAGGAGUUUUUAUCAUCACUGACGUUGAUGCCAAGGAAACAUUAGCCUCACUUCGUCAACUGGUAUUUGCAGUGCAGUCACUGAUAUCUUCUGAACAUCUGUGGAACUUUGACGACAAUGAUGAAGUCACGGACUGCCUCACGCUGCAAAUCAACCCGAAAUCCCGAAAAAUUAGCUGCAGAACAUUUGAUACAAAAGAUCCCAAAAGUUUGGCCAAGCCUGCUGACUGGAAGUAUCAGUCAAGUGUGUGUUCCUCCUGGUCCAUGAUGAGUUGUUUUUUAAAUGUGGACUUAUUUGUUCCUCUACCGGACAACAAAGCCUGUUCAAAGAGCAUGGAUAAGUGUCUUAAGGAUGGACUAAAACAAUGGACACACCAGAUAGAGAAUGCGGUCUGUUUGAUUGAUGGCGUACAGUUGCCUGAUGAUGCAGAACUCAUAGCAGGACAGAAGAGGAAUGUGAGACAGAAACUCGCUGUUCAACUGCUACUCACUCCGGAUCAACAACACAGCUUAACAGAUGUGGUACAGAAAUGUGGAGGGAGCUUGUCACUCAGAGGAGCCAUCCAUGGCCGAGCUUACGUACACAACAACAAACCAAAGGCCAAACUGGCUGAGAAGUUCCUAAAAAGGGAUGUUGUCGCUACGAUGGUGACAAGAGUUCAGAUGCUGCUUGAUGACCUUCUAGCUACAGAAAAUGAGAGUGACGGAGUUAGCAGAGACAAAAAUGGAACAGAGCAAUUCUGCCUUCCUCACCGUGUCUUUUGUCCUGCAAGAUUGAGUGGGAGUCUGUGUGUUUGUGACUACCAGUUCAAUGACGAGGACCCAACUGAAGUCAUUGAUAGGCUGAAAGAAAUGUUAGACAUCGAUUCAUCUGAUCAAGACUUGGAUACCAAGCAGGAAAUUGCUGCUGAGAUUAUAGAAUGUAAAGAACCAGCAGAAUCCACUGCAGAAAAUGUUGAAGUACAAGAGCCCAGGAGGAACAACUACAUGGGUGUUGCCAUGGCCACUGUUGUUGCCCUACUUGCCACUGCUGCCUCAAUUCUCUAUCUCAGUGAUUUUUGA